AUGAAGAAAAUUUUAAUCGUUUUCGCGAUUUUCUUAGCGCUAGCGGCAGCUGAAUCGGAAGAGGGACGACCGGAAGAGGAUGAGGGCUACGAGUUUCACGAGCCAAUGGCAAGAGUCAAACGUUGGUCGAAAACGAUUCCGAGAAAGCCAAAGCGGGAAGCGUUGGUGAAAGAUGAUGAGGGGAUCGUUGAGGAAUUCGAUGAUACACCGAUCGAGGCUGAGAAACAUCCACAGGCAGCUCGAUCCAAGCGCACCUCAAAAACGCACAAGCAUGGCGAGCGACCAAAGCGACAACCGCCUCCUCUCCCACAACCGAUUGUCCCCGGACCACCAAUUCCACCACCGGCUGCUCCUGUAGUGCCUGCUGGAGUACCUGCAGGAGUACCUGCUGGAGUGCCUGCUGGAGUGCCUGCUGGAGUGCAAGCCCAAGCAGAGACUCAACCAGGAAACACUCAAGAAGUCGCCAAGUCGAAUGGAAUCGACAAACAAGAACAACAAGACCAAGCUGGCUCAGAGAAUCAGCCUCAACACCAGCAACCAGCCAAGCGAAACGAGAUCGACACUUUCGAGCGAGUGAAACGCCGUGUGGCU